AUGGAAGCCUUAACACGGCAAGAAUAUCCGGCGAUGCUCGAUCGGUUACAUCCAGGUACCGCAGUAAUAAAAUUGAAUGAGCGUGUUAAAAAAAUUGGCAAAGUAAAUACUGAGAUAUCAGACUGGCUUCAGGAGCGACGGAAAGUUGAGAGUAUCUAUGCUGCCGGUCUUCGAAAACUUGCGAGAAGGCCACUGCAAGAUGUUGGAAAUGAUAUGGGGGUAUUUGAUUCGCCAUGGAGACAGAUAAUGGCAGCUACGGAUGAUAUUGCCAGAUUUCACAGUGACUUUGCUGAAUGUAUCGAAAAAGAUAUCGAGCAGCCUUUACGGAAUUUCACAACGACCAACAGUGAGAUGUCGGGUAUUACCACCAUGCAAGGAAACAUCUUAAGCUUAUCCAAAGAAUUAGAAGAGGCACAGGAUAAAAUCGAGAAGCUCAAUAGAAGAGGGGCUAAAGUGAAUGUCCAUAAGGCAGAUCUUGCUUCAAAUAGAUUACAGGCCGCUAUACAGCAAUGGGAGGCACAAGCCCCGUUUGUAUUUGAGACUUUGCAAGCCCUAGAUGAAAGACGACUAAACCAUCUUCGAGACUUACUUACUCAAUACCAGACACAUGAGGCUGAUAUUAACGAACGAAUACGCAAAUCUGUCGAGAGUACUCUUAAAUUCUUGCUUGACGUGGACACAGAAAUUGAAAUAAAAAAUUGGUCACAAGCUGGCGCAUCUGGGAAGUUCCUUCUAAAGUCAAACUCUUCAGGUGGAGCAAAUUCAUCAGCCGUCCCUCCUCAGACCGCUUCUUCGUUCCAUGGAGAUAACCAUAGUGAGAACUCAUUGCCAAAUAAAGGUGAAUCUGGAGAGAAGAAAAAGCUACAACGUAUUGGAACAAUUUUUACACGACGGCGUCAAAGUGUACACAGUGUCUUUCGUUCUUCAUCUCCAGUAUCGAAGAAUGGUUUCCAAUCAUUUGGUCGGGUAUCAUCCAGUCGAGGAGGGCGCUCGAUCCCUUCCCCAAGAGCUUCUUCUACUCACCUAAGAGAGACUGAUGGUCGGCUUUGCUCUCUGCCCGAAUCACCACCUUCAGCUUCUUUAACGCAUGAAAAUAACGGAAACACGCUACAUGCUAUUGACUUGCCUCAAAGAAAAUCGUCUCUUCCAGCUCCCAGUGGUAUGGGCCACAAUGAAUCCACUGAAGUUCCAGAGCCAGAUCCGACAAAUGGGUUAUCGUCUUCGCAAACAGCCGAAAUUCAAGUUGAUGAUGAAGGAUUUACCAUUCCACCGCCCCAGAAUGACCCUAUAUCACAAGCUGAGCAAGAAAUAGCUCAAUCGGAACAACCCCAGUUCAAAUUAAACAUUAGAAAGGAUCCAAUUCUAGAACAAGACUCCGAUGCCGAAGCUGCUUUGUCUAAUGUUACAAAUACACUUAGAUCUGCUCAAAUAUCUACUCCAAACAGAAAAUCAGGCACCUUUCGAGGAAGGAGAGAUAUAAGAAAUACAGUUCUAUUAUCAACUGGGGAAUCACUUGGAAUCACUCCAGAAUAUCCUGAGCGAACCUCUUUUGAAUCAACUCCAUCUUUACCAGCUACCCUCCCCCUUACUUCCAUUGCAACCACUCCGCCUAAACCCGUCUCAUCUGGAUCGGUUUCAUCAGAGCCUAUAUCUACAGUACCAAACCCACCUGAUUCGAGUUCUUUAGCCACUUCACCCUUAAACACUCUGAACCAAACUAUUGCCUUAUCGAAUUUAUCUCUUGGCGAGCAAAGUGCAAUCGCUGGCUCGGAUAGCAUAUCAAUCCGGUCAGGACAUUCUUGGACUAAUAAGACUUCUUUACAACAUCCCGAGAUACAAUCUUCUGGAUUAAACUGUUCUAUAAUAGAGACCCUAGCUAUUUCAUUCGAUGGAGAAGAAAUUCAGACAAAAUUUAUGACUGGUGAAAUUUCUUUGAUAUACAACCCAGUAACGGAAGUCGACUCAGCGAUAUCUCCAACCCACGAAAAAAUAAGAAUAACCAACUACUCUCGUAUUAAAGCUAUAAAAUCAAAUAGAAUGGUAGUUGAUCCUGUUUUUCAUGAAAACAGCGAUCAGUUUACCGUCAAUCUUCUGUCAAUUACUUCCAAAGCAGCCGUGGCGUUUUCAUAUCAAGUUAAUACCUCGGAACCUGAAAUGGCUCCGGCUCCCUUGCUUAUUAAACGUACAUGGAAGAAUCAAGGCGAUAAACUUGGACUGAUUAUUGAAUACUCUCUCAACCCUGAGUUUAGCUCUACUCCAAUUUCAUUCACCAAUCUUAUCCUCAUAGCUCGCUACACAGCCAGUCGUGCUAUUUACUGUCAACUCAAACCUAGCGGUACUCAUGUAAGGGAGAGCUGUUUAGCAUACUGGCGUCUAGGCGAUGUUAUCCUUGAUGGGACUUGGCUUAAGGCUGUGGCGCGAUUUACAGGAACAGAAGGAUCUGCACCAGAGCCAGACCAAAUCGAAGCCAAGUGGGAAAUAAAUGGGAUGAAAAAUCUAAUAACAAGUGGUAUUAAUAUUCAGAAAUUUGAGAGCAUGACAAAUACAGAUUAUAAAGAUACUGAGGAUGAGAACCCAUUUUCGGACGAUGAUUUGACAAGUUCUGAUAAAAUAACCAAGCCAUUGAGUGGGGGUUGGAAGGAAAUUGAAACGGUGAAACGGCUGAUCAGUGGAAAAUAUUCAUUAAAGUAG